GAAGACAAACUGAGUCAGCAGUUAGGAGUGGACUCCCUUAAACAACAGUUAGAGUGGGGAAGUGGUCAUAGCAUGGCUCUAAUGACAAACUUGUUUUUCCUAACACUGCAAUCUACAGAAGUUUCAGGAUUUCCUCUAAUAAACAUAAGGCUACUAGAUGCAACAAUAGAAUUACUAUGUUGUUUUUCCUGGUUUGAAAGGACCAGAUGGAAACAAACUGGGCAAGCCAAUGAACGUCUCUGGGGAUUAUGGGAAUUGAGUGUCUAUGAAAACCAUAUUCCAGACAAGAAUAUAGUCUUAGGACACAGCAAGAGGCAACAUUUUGGAAGCAGAAGGCAACUCUCACUGGAAACCAAAUCUGCUGGCACCUUGAUCUUGAACUUUGCAGCCUCCACUGUUAGCGGGGAGGCAUUCAUGUGCGAGGUCAAAACUGAGUCACAACCACAACCAAGUUCCACCUGGCAACAAGAGGAAAAAUAACAUGGAGGAGUUAUGACCAAUGUUGUAAGGAUCAGGCCUAGAAAUGGCAGGCAUCUCUUCCACUAAUAUCCUAUUGGUAAAAAUGUAGUCACAUGGGCACACCACCUAUCUGCAUGGAAGGCUGGGAAAUGUUGAUGAGUUGGGCAGCCAUAUGUGUAGGAAGGAGAAAACAGAAUUUGGUGGAUACCUAGUAGUUUCUGCCAUACCCUUGAUCAGAAAUUUUUCUUCUAAAGAAUUUAAUUCUAAAAAUUAGAGACAUCCCCAAAGAUUUAUCUGCAAGCAUCACAGCUUUGUGUAUAAUUGCAAAAGUUGAAAUCAACAUGAACGUCCAAAAUAGUGAAUUAUUUAAAUAGAUUAUUAUGCAUAUUAUGAAAUACUCUGCAACUCUUAAAAAUAAAUGUAAUGUGCCAGGUGCAAUGGGAUAUGCCUGCAGGCCCAGUUACUUGGGAGGCCAAGGCAGGAGGAUCACUUGAACUCAGGAGUUCAAGUCUGGCCUAGACAACAUAGUGAGACUUGGCCUCUAAAAAAGAAAAAAAAGAAAAAAGAAAACUGAUGUAACGAAUAUAUAAUGACCAUAAAAGAAGUCUACCACUAUAGUAGAAAUGUUUGGGGCACUCAUCCCAUUCAUAAUUAUUUUACAUUUAAAUUACUGUUCCUAUGUAAGUGGUGAGCUUGGUAACCAUUUUCAUAUCAGGUGAUACUACUGCAGUAAUCAUAGCUGUUUGAAUGAGGAAUAAUCCCAAUCACAUUUUCUCUUAAUAGUUUAUUAUGCUGGGCAUUGGGGUUGCAAGACGAUGCACAGUCCAAGCUGAAUACAUGUUUUCAUGUACCUGUGUGUAAAUCCCACUUUUAUUCUAAAAUUCUUUGAAUAUUUUAUUUCUUGCAACCCAAUGAUCCCAAGAAAAUUAUAUGCUUUUACCUAAAAAUUAAAACCAAUAUUUAUGGAAAAGUGUAUAUACAGUAUGAUCCCACUUUAAAAACAAAGACAAAUUUAUAGAAAAAAGGUUAUAUGGCUGAUAACAAUGACUGUCUCUGAGCGGUAGGAUUACAGUUAAUUUUUAUUUUCUUCACUCUAUUUAUCUUUAUUUUCUGAACUUUCUACAGUGAACAUGUUUUAUUUUUACUUUUGUUAAAAUAAAUAACAUUUAAUUUGAUAGGACAUUCUAAAAAUCAGCCUUUGGUAACUUCAAUAUUCAUUGGCACAUUAGUCUGUGCCUGUUUCUGGGGGUCAGGUAGAACUUAUGAGGAUAGAGCAGUUGAAAUAUUAUAGGUUUCAUAUUUUAUGUCUUUACUGAAAACAUUGAUAUAUUGAAUAUUCGUAAAUUUUAAUUUUAUUUUCUUUUAUAAUCCUCAAUGUGAGGCUAAGUUAUAAGGAGGUUGGUAAGGAAGUAUGACACAUAUUGAAUCAGAUGUCAAGGUACCAUUGGUGCCUGGAUCUGACCAAUAGACCAUGGGAAAAAUCUCAAAGAAUGAGACUUGUAAUGAGAACGCCACAAUCUUGAAUACCUUAUACACAAAACACAAACAUUGUUAUGCAUAAUGUGCAUGAACCCUGAAACAAAGAUAAUGAUUUGGACCUCCCAAGUGAAGUGGUGUGAACAAAAGAAACAGCAGAGAAAAAACCCAAAAUAACUAAAAUGAAUUGUUAGAGAAAAAUUACUUCAAAAAUAGCUAUAACACUUUGCAAUUUCAGUAACAGUUCUGCCUAUGAUGCAAUGUAAAACAUGUAUUAGACAUUCAGUCUCCACAAUAAAUUUUAAUGAGCACCACAAAUUUAGAAUAUAUAAAAAUAUCAGUAACCUAUGAAUUCAUCAACAUAACUCACUUUUCGGUUAAGUUAGGCUGAGUUGAAAUUCUACUAAGUUUUCCCAUAUUCUUGAUAAAGGCUAAAUUUGAAAUAAUUUAUUUAGAUGACUGUUAAUUGGCAAUUUGAUAGUAGGUACAUUUUAUAUAACACUUGAUAUAAUAAUUAACCAAAAUUAAUUGGUUCAAUAUUAUCUUCUGUGGUUUAUUGAUCCAAAAGUACAUAUUUGUUAUGUAAACUUAUACUAUGUAAACUUGUAUUAGCUUUUUGCUUCCUUGAAUUAAUAAAGCCCAUUAAUGCAAAUCUAAGUCUUCAUAGACUUUUCCAAUGCUUAGUUAAAUAUUAAAAACUGAGUAUUGUAGUUAUUUGCUAGGUAUACAAGGUGUGACUCAGAGUAGAGAAUAAGAUGUCAGCAAAUAGACAAUAAGAUGUCAGCAAAAGUGCCUCAAAUUGUAACUGCGACAAGUUAAGGGCAUUGUAAAUACUAUAGUUAUAUGUUAUAUGCAGCUUGCAACUUCUACUGAAGUGAGUUUAAUCAUGUCUUUCACAUAGCUGAAGUUUGUGUCAUGAUUUAAGCUGAUUUUCUGAUUCUUAUUAAAGUCUUACCUGGGGGUAGGGAGAGGUAGGCCUACAUCCCACCUCUAAUACUAUCAUUUAAGAGACAGGCAUAAAUCUGCUCAUCUAGUAGAACACAUGAUGUUAGAGUAUAUUUUGUUGAAUACUAUGGAAUAUUAAUAUAAUUAAUUCUAAAAUAUCACCUAAAAAUAUGUCAACUGAAGAUCUGACUGUACUAAAUAUGAAAAAUAAAGCAACACAUAC